CUACUCUGAUACCGUCCAUCACGGACAUUCUCUCUCUCUCUCUCUCUCUCUCUCUCUCUCUCACAAUCCUUAACUCAGAGGCUGGAUUUCCAACCAGCGCUGUUUCAUAUUGCGUGUUCUUGUGUGUUUUUGGUGGUGUGGUUUUUGUAGUGGAGAAUGUGGAAGCUGAAGAUCGGGGAGGGAGGGAGUCCGUGGCUUCGGACGCUGAACGGUCACACGGGGAGGCAGCACUGGGAGUUCGAUCCCGAUCUCGGAUCGCCAGAGGAUCUAGAGGAGGUCGAGAACGCUCGCGAGGAGUUCCGAAAGAAUCGGUUCCGCCAUAAGCAAAGCGCCGAUCUCCUCAUGCGUAUUCAGUUUAACAAGGAUAAUCCAACCAGGAUAGUCUUACCACAAGUCAAAGUAACAGAUACUGAAGAUAUUACAGAGGAUCAAGUAAUGGCUACAUUACGACGGGCUCUUAGUUUUCACUCAACUCUCCAGGCUCGUGAUGGACACUGGCCCGGAGAUUAUGGAGGUCCUAUGUUUCUAAUGCCUGGCCUGGUUAUUACCCUCUCUGUUACGGGGGCACUGAAUGCAGUCCUAUCUAAAGAACAUAAAUACGAGAUGUGCCGUUAUCUUUACAAUCACCAGAACAGAGAUGGUGGUUGGGGCUUACACAUAGAAGGGCCCAGCACCAUGUUUGGUACUGUGUUGAGCUAUAUUACUUUGAGAUUGCUCGGCGAAGGUGUGAAUGAUGGGCAAGGGGCAAUGGAGGAAGGGCAUAAGUGGAUUCUGGACCAUGGUGGUGCCACUGCAAUAACAUCAUGGGGGAAAAUGUGGCUUUCAGUCCUUGGAGUAUUUGAAUGGUCUGGAAAUAAUCCCAUGCCCCCUGAGUUAUGGCUUUUACCUUAUGCUCUCCCCGUCCAUCCAGGACGGUUAUGGUGUCACUGUCGAAUGGUUUAUUUACCCAUGUCUUACCUAUACGGGAAGAGGUUUGUUGGUCCAAUCACGCCAGAGAUUACGGCCUUGAGAAAGGAGCUGUACGCCAUCCCUUAUCAUGAAAUAAAUUGGAAUCAAGCACGCAACCAAUGUGCAAAGGAAGAUUUGUACUACCCUCACCCUCUGGUACAAGAUGUACUUUGGGCAUCCCUUGAUAAAGUUGUGGAACCAGUUUUAUUGCAUUGGCCUGCGAAAAGGUUGAGAGAAAAAGCUGUUCGUAUGGUGAUGGAGCACAUACAUUAUGAAGAUGAGAAUACUCGCUACAUAUGCAUCGGGCCUGUUAACAAGGUGCUAAAUAUGCUUUGCUGUUGGGUGGAAGAUCCAAAUUCAGAGGCCUUCAAGUUACACAUUCCAAGACUCUAUGAUUAUUUGUGGCUUGCUGAAGACGGCAUGAAAAUGCAGGGUUACAAUGGAAGUCAGUUGUGGGACACUGCUUUUGCUACUCAAGCAAUUAUUUCAACAAACCUUGCUGAGGAAUAUGGUCCAACUCUUGAGAAAGCACAUGACUACAUAAAAGACACACAGGUUUUAGAUGAUUGCCCAGGAAACCUCAAGUUCUGGUACCGCCACAUUUCAAAAGGGGCUUGGCCUUUCUCGACUGCAGAUCAUGGAUGGCCCAUCUCUGAUUGCACUGCUGAAGGGUUGAAAGCUGCUCUCCUACUAUCAAAACUUUCACCAGCUAUUGUUGGCGAGCCACUUGAUGCAAAGCGGUUAUACAAUGCUGUAAAUGUCACUCUCUCUCUACAGAACAGUGAUGGUGGCUUCGCAACAUAUGAACUCACUAGAUCUUACAGUUGGUUGGAGUUGUUCAACCCUGCUGAAACAUUUGGUGACAUUGUUGUUGAUUACCCCUAUGUUGAAUGUACCUCAGCUGCAAUUCAAGCUUUGGCAUUGUUUAAGAAAUUAUACCCCAGGCAUCGGAGGGAAGAAAUUGAAAGCUGUAUUGAAAGAGCUGCUUUGUUCAUUGAAAAGAUACAAGCACCAGAUGGCUCAUGGUAUGGCUCUUGGGGAGUUUGCUUCACCUAUGGUGCAUGGUUUGGGAUACAAGGGUUGGUGGCUGCUGGAAAGAACUACCAUAGCUGUUCUAGCAUCCGUAAGGCUUGCGAUUUUCUAUUAUCCAAACAGGUUGUUUCUGGUGGUUGGGGAGAGAGUUACCUUUCAAGUCAGAACAAGGUGUAUUCUAAUCUAGAGGGAAACAGGUCUCAUAUAGUACAUACUGCAUGGGCUAUGCUGGCUCUCAUUUGUGCUGGCCAGACCGAGAGAGACCCAACACCACUGCACUGUGCAGCAAAAUUAUUAAUUAAUUCUCAAAUGGAGAAUGGAGAUUUCCCACAGGCGGAGAUCACGGGGGUCUUCAACAAGAACUGCAUGAUAACUUAUGCUGCAUACAGAAACAUUUUUCCGAUUUGGGCUUUGGGAGAGUACCGGUGUAGGGUACUUGAGGCCAAAUGAAAGUUCCCAGUGAAGAAGUCCUGAUUUGCAUUUGCAUAAUGGUUUAAACUUUUUUUGCUACUUGUCUCUCAGUAUGUCCUAUUUCAGGUGGAAUUUCUCUAUUGCCAAAUUUAGUUUGAAUGCUUUAAAACUUAAUACUCCGCAGGAGAUUUAUGUAAAUCUCGUGUCACUCACAACUGAAAGUAUUGCAAUUAUUAGCUUGCGGGUUUCUAA